AUGGACCUUUUCGAGGAGAAAGUUCGUCUACAUGAAUCUACAACGGAAGUUGGUGGGCUCAUAAUAACUAAGUCAAAAGAAAAUUUCAAACAACCUCAAAAGUCCUUAUUUGGACUUGAUAAGUUGGCGGCAAAAAAGCGACAGGAAUCGGAGGAUCUUAAUCUACAGUUUAACAAGCGCGAUGUUACAAAUAAAGAAAGGUUCUAUAGGGAAAGGCGCGUUGAAACCCCAUCCAAUCGUGGGGGUGUUAGCAAAGAAUAUUUCGAUUCUCAGGCAAGAAGGCGUGAGCGUGACCAGAAAGAACGCUUUAAAACCGGUCUUGUAUCAACAUCCAGAAAAAUUAGUGAGAACUACUCAGACUCUCGAAAAUCAUCAGACUAUUCUCGCAUUGAAUUAGUCAGAGAAAAAGAAUCUCUCAGCACUCGACAUCGGAGAGAAGCAGAAUGGGAAGAUGAAACACCUAAUCACAGCAGUCGGGAAAAUAGAAGUACUACUGGAACAAGUAUUAACCGAUUUGAAACUCCUGAAAUAUAUAAUGUUGGGGGACGGUCUCCAGGACAUUCUAGCUGGGAUGAUUCUGGUUUAGGAUCUAGUCGAUCUACUACCCCCCGCACUACCGGAUCACUAGCUCGUAAUUCCAAUAAUGAUCGAUAUACCUAUACUCCUAUGCCUACUCCAAGUUUUAAGCAUAAUUCAUGGAUGCAAUCAAAUAAAAAUAACACAGGGAGUUCGGACUCCAGAAAACAACAUUCGGGUCGUCAUACUCAUGGCCAGUCUUAUGCACAAGUUUCCAGUGAAAACGAAGGCGAUAGUAUGAAACCUGAUUCUACUGAGAUAGAGGAAGAUGGUGAUGACAUUAAGGCUGAAAAUGAACGCUUAGAUCGUAAUUGGUAUCAAAUGGAUGAUGGCUAUGAUAAUGAUAACCAUCCGUUUUCUGACAUUCCUGAAGAGUAUGCUGCUAAAAAGGAACGUCAAUUAGCAGAACGUAAAAAACGACAUAAACAACGCUUAACUGCAAAAGCUGUCCAAGUUCAUAAAGACAAUCAAGCAUGGGAACAUAAUCGUAUGUUAAGAUCUGGAGUUGUUCAACGAGUAGAUUUUGAACAAGAUGAAGAUUUCGAUGAAGAAGGUGAAGCUAGAGUUCACUUAUUAGUUCGUAAUAUACUUCCACCAUUUUUGGAUGGGCGAAUUGUUUUCACUCGUCAACCUGAACCUAUUAUUCCUGUCAAGGACCCAGAGAGUAUAAUGGCCAAAGUUGCGCAGAAAGGCAGUGCCAUUGUGAAAUACUUUCGAGAACAAAAAGAACGUAAAGAGCACAAAAGAAAGAAUGGCAAUUGGCUGGUACGCGUAUAG